AUGGUUGCGAUUUCGUUUCAGCCACCGCGCCAAGCCGCGCCACUCACAGCCGAAGACCAGCUGAAAUUUCAAGAGAUGGCCAUGCAAUUGUUGGACCGCACAUUGCGAGACAUGGACGAGCAUGAUGCGGAGCCUCGUUCACAUGAGAAACAGGACCCGCGUCUGUGGAAGAAGAUUCACCACAAAGAUCACUACACCACGUAUACAAGGUGUGAUGACGCACCAGAAGCGGCCUACGUGGCGGCGGACGGCGGCCGCAGCACUACAUCGCGACCUUCAAAAGACGUGGUUCUUGGCAUGGGAUAUGUGCAAUGUCCUCUCAGUGAUUUGAUGUUUGGUGUCUUUAUGGGCAACACUCAGGCGAUGGCGCUCAAGUCCGCCGUCGUGGACAAGAACAUUGGAAACGGGGCUGUUCUUAUGCAGCUCAUGGGGCCAACAGAGGAAGACCCGUUUCGAUUUCUUGCGCUCAAGUGGAUUGAGGUGCGACCGCCUCGUGGCGUUUCUGGAAAGCUCGUGGCGCAUCGAGAAGUGAUGUUUCUAGGAGGCACAGGCACCAUGAGACGUCGAGACACGGGCGAGUUUAUCGGCUACGAGGUUCAUCACUCAAUUGACCACCCUGCUUUCCCUCCUGUGGACGGAUUGCGGCGCACGCGCAUCGUUAUUGGCUCUAUUUACCGCGAGAGACCCAAUGGAACAGUCGAUUUGUUUAUCAAGAGCUACAGUAUGGAGGCCGACAUGGGCAGUAUCCUCGGCCCCUUGGCCAUGGCCCACGCGGCCAAGUGCAUCGAGCAGGUUUGGACUGUGCCAGACUUUGCUUAUGCCAAAAAGUUGCGGUGGUGCAUCGACCACCGCGUGCACAGAAACAACGCAAAGGCGCUUCCAGCGAAAUUGGCCAAGCAGUGUGCAUCGUGCAGCAAGCCGGUGGCUACGAUCUGGAAGUCCAGAGCGGUGUACCGCGUCUGCAACUUAUGCAAGGCGCCGCUAUGCUCCAACUGCCGCGUCACUAAAGAUCUGUACGAGAUCGACCCGUACUUCCGAGCUCGCAAGUUACCAGUGCGGAUCUGCCCACUCUGUCAGGAGUUCGUAAAGAUGCUAGACGCCAAGGAGAUCCAGAGACAGGAGAUGCUGCGACCUCAAAACGCCGAAGUGUUUAACCCAUUGACGCCUAGCACACUGGAAAUUCUGGCACACAACUUUUCGCUUGACAACAGUUUCUCCAUAGGUUCGGCGGAGAGUCUGUGCUUGCUUGACUCGUCUCGUGCACGUUCUGACAGUGUCAUGACCGACUUACUGCAUUGA